AUGUAUGUGAAAUGGUUUGAUACAGUAAUGUUUUACUAUGUGAUUUUAGUGUAUUUAGUGAAUGUCACUUUUUGGCAUUUUCAAAUUUCCCGUCGUUCCAUCCCCCGUACAACCCGACGCUCGCAGGAGACACAACCCAGAUGACAGAUGCCGGCAUCCGCCGGAGGACAUUGCCAGGGACACUGCAGGAGGGACAUCGCGGGAGUGCAGGACAAGGUAAGAGAACAUAUCCCGGAGUAGCGCCACAUGGUAAGCCCGAGUGUAGCUCGGGGUUACCGCUUGUGCUACACUCGGGAAUACCGCCAGGGAGGCUACAAUAA